CCAUUUCCAACCACACCUAAGCUCCUAUCAUCCUCAACAGAAUACACACUCAACCCAAGAUGUCUCUUCCAUACGCCCUGGUCGACGUUUUCACCAGCACCCGGUUCCAAGGCAACCCGCUCGCCAUCGUGCGUGUGCCCGCCCAGCAACGCGACACCCUGACGCAAGAGACCAAGCAAAAGAUCGCCACUGAGUUCAACCUCUCCGAGACCGUCUUCCUGCACGAAUCCGCCUCCCCCACCGACCUGCACAUCGACAUCUUCACCCCCAAAUGCGAGAUCCCCUUCGCGGGCCACCCGACCAUCGGCACCGCAUGCCACGUGCUCGAGCAACAGGCGUCCGCCACGGGGACCCGCAGCCUCCAGACCCUGAUCACGAAAGCGGGGCCCAUCCCCAUCACCACCGCCGAUGACCUGGUGGGCGCUUCCAUCCCAUUCGCCUACCACCAACACCAAAAACCCGUGCAAUCCGCCCCCGUCAUCUCCAUCGUCAACGGGCUGUCGUUUGCGCUCCAGCAGCUCCCCGAUCUGGCCUCCCUGGCCGCGGUGACGGAGGCGCUGCUGCCGGACUGUUUCGCCACCGCGCAUCUGGACGCAGGGUGGGACUCCGGCCCCACGGGGAGCAAGUACUAUGUCGACCUGGGCCGGGAUGAGAGCGGGUGUCGCACGCUGCGCACGCGCAUGUUCAUCGGCUGGGAGGACCCGGGCACGGGCAGUGCCUCCAGCGCGCUGGCGGCGUAUCUUGCGUUGCAGGAGCCGGGCGAGGAUGGCGCGGGGCCGUUUGACUACCAUAUCAUUCAGGGGGUGGAGAUGGGCCGCCGGAAUAAUAUCUAUGUGACUGUGGAGCGGGAUGCGGGUGGGGGGAAGAUCGCGAAGAUUUUGCUUCGCGGGACGGCGGUGCUGGUGGGCGAGGGGCGGAUUAUGUUAUAAUUGCU